AUGCACGGCGGCGAUAACGACGACAACAACAAUCAGCUCCACCUUCGCGGCAGCAACGGAGACACCUUGGACCUCCGAAACCUCAAGGUGAUCUCCGCCGUGGGACGCGGCGCCAAGGGCGUGGUGUUCCUGGCGAGAACCUACGACGCGUCGAACGGGAAAUGGCUGGCCCUGAAGGUGAUAUCCAAAGACCUACUUCAGAAGAAGAAUAACGGCGAGUGCAAGAGGGUCUCGUUCGAACAGCAUAUACUACGUCGUUUCGAUCACCCGCUCUUGCCGCGGUUGCGAGGGGUUUUCGAGACCGAGAAACUCAUUGGGUUCGCCAUCGAUUAUUGCCAUGGUGGGAAUCUGCAUUCCCUCCGGAAGAGGCAAUCUGAGAAGAUGUUCUCUGAAGAAGCUAUAAGGUUUUACGCUGUGGAAUUGGUGCUGGCAUUGGAGUACUUGCACAAUUUUGGAGUGGUUUACAGGGAUUUGAAGCCGGAGAACAUCAUGAUUCAAGAAACGGGUCACAUAAUGCUCGUGGAUUUCGACCUUUCCAAGAAGCUGAACCCAAAGUCACCGAACUCGCUGAGUUGCAACUCGUCCCCGGGUUCUGACUCGGUAGCGGAGAAGGACCGGAAUAAGCGACGGUUCUCGCGGUUCUACUGUUACUGUCAGUCGGGGAUAUCGCCGAACGACUCGGAGAGUCAAGUUGACACCAACUCGGCGCGUAGGAGCGAGUCGGACUCGGUGGAGAAGUCCAACUCGUUCGUCGGAACGGAGGAUUACGUGGCACCAGAGGUUAUUUUGGGCGAGGGACACAACUUCGGGGUUGAUUGGUGGUCAUUCGGCGUCGUUUUAUAUGAGAUGCUCUACGGGACGACGCCGUUCAAGGGAGCAAAUAGGAAAGAGACGUUUUGCCGGAUUUUAACCAGGGAACCUGAUCUGACGGGCAAAACGACGCCGUUGAGGGACCUGAUUAAGAAGUUGCUUGUGAAAGAUCCUGACCGUAGGAUCGAGGUUGAAGAAAUCAAGAGGCACGAUUUCUUUAGAGGUGCGAAUUGGGACACGGUUUUGCAAAUUACGCGUCCACCGUAUAUUCCUCAGAAUGACGUUGAGGACAAAGUGGGGUUUUCCAGAAAAGAUGUAGAGUGCUUUGUCCAUAAAAUAUUUUUCCCAGACAACAAUGGCACGGAAGAGAAAAGUAAUGAGCUGGGGAAAAAAGAUGGGAAUGAGAAAAGUGACAAUAAUAAUAAGAAUGCGUGGGUUGACAAGCAUGAAGAUAAGCAGUUUGGGAAGUUCUUAGGUUUGCUGAAACAACUCUAUAUAAAUAUACCUCUUGUUGAAGCACUGGAACUGUGCCUUCCACAAAGGUUGAAAAAGCAAGAUGAAGAUAAGCAGUUUGGGAAGUUCUUAGGAAGAUUGAAGAGUUUGACUGUAGCACUAACUAAAGAAUCAUGCAAGUACUUAACUAAAAUCCCACCAAAGUUGAAAGAGCUAGGGAUUUUCACACUUCCUUUCACUAUUGGGAAGACAUACCAAGGAAGAGCACUUUGUGACUUAGGUUUGAGUGUGAACUUAAUGCCAACUUCCAUCUUUAAGCAACAAGCAAGACCAACCACAAUUACUCUCCAACUUGCUGAUCGGUCUAUUGCUAAACCGGAAGGUAAAAUUGAGGAUGUUCUUGUCCAAGUAUAG